AUGGCCUGGACGUGGGCCAGUCAUUCGGGCCGGACGUGGGCCGAUCAAAUAAAUACCGGCUCGCGGUACUCGGCCCGAUGUAAGCUGAGCAUUUGGGCCAGAAUUGGGCCUAGAUUCAAACCGAGGCUGUGCCGAGUAUCACAGCACGCAGUACUUGGCCCAGAUGUGGGCCAAUCAUUCGGGCCGGACGUGGGCAGAUCAAAGAAAUACCGGCUGACGGUACUCGGCCCGGAUGUGAGCCGAGCCAUUGGACCGGAAUCGACCCUAGAUUCAAACCGAGGCCACGCCAACUGUUUCGGCAUGCAGCACUCGGCCCGGACAUGGGACAGUCGUUGGGGCCUGGUAUGCGGCAUCUGGCCCAAAUAUGGAAAGAGAAAAAGGUCAGAGGAGGGCUGUAGCCAGGCUGUCCUGCAGGAAACAAAGAACAGUUCUGCUAAGAAAAGACCUGCUGCAGUACUGGACGUUCCUGACACUGAAGCCCCAGCAAGAAAGAAGAGGAAAGUGGCAGUGGAGCAGCCCCAAAGAAGGUCUCCUAGACAGAGAAAAGGCACCAAGCCUGACACCUUUGCCACUCGCUAUGUUCUUGGCGAAAAACUGGGCGAGGGAGGCUUUGGAUCCGUCUUCAAAGGACACCGCAUAUCUGAUGGCCUACAGGUGGCCAUUAAAAUUGUCCAAAAACUGGAUGAUGACCGAUAUGUCCAAAGCCCUGAUGAGCUAAAGGUCGUGCCUGUGGAGGUGGCUCUACUGCAGAUCAUGAGCCGGCCACCCAUCUGCAACACCGUCAUCCAGCUCAUCGAGUGGUUUGAUGAGCCUGACCGCUACAUCUUGAUCCUGGAGCGCCCUGACCCCUGCAAGAGCUUGGACGGUUUCCUUCAGGACUACGGAGGUUACGUCACUGAGGACAUGGCGCGAGGUAUCAUGUGGCAGUCGGUGGUGGCAGCGUUACAGUGCAGCAAGCGAGGUGUCCUGCACCGGGACAUCAAACUGGAGAACUUGUUGAUCAACCUGGACACCUUGGCGGUCAAGCUGAUCGACUUUGGCUGCGGUGAUUUGAUCAAGAAAUCUGGUUAUAACAUUUUUGAAGGCACGAUUGAAUACUGCCCUCCUGAGUUUUUUCGGAAAGGGAGGUAUUAUGCUGGUCGAGCAACGGUUUGGUCCCUUGGUGUCCUGAUGUUCAGGAUGGUUUGCGGGUACCUUCCCUUUGCCAAAGAAGACAUCACUGGUGGAGCUCUGCACUUCAGAGAUGGCCUAUCUAAUGAAUGCCGCAGUCUAAUUCGUUGGUGCCUGAAGCGCAACCCAACCAGAAGACCUACUUUGCAGAAGAUGCAGCAGCAUAAUUGGUUACGAUGCAACGUGCCAGCCUAGGAUCAGGUUAGCCAGGGAGGAGAGGAAAUGACCACUAACAGAAGAAGCAGUGUAGAGUAAAUAUAUAGUGUUCUGAUAAGACAGACAAAUGAGAUAUUGUGAUACGUUUACAUGCUGCAAAUGAAAAUUAAGAAGUGCUUCAGAAGUGCUUCUCUAUCUAAUGCAUGUCUUUUAGUUUAUGUUCCAGGUCAUCACAGUUUUAGAGGAGGGCAGUUAAGGGCACUUCACAGUUCAGUCCACCACAUCCUUCAGAACACAGAAGACCAACAAUCAGAAAAUAAACACUGAAGUAUUGCAGUUCUUGCCAUUGUGUUUUACUAACAAGAUCCUUUUUCUUCUUAUUAUUAUUGUUAUAAUGAUUAUAUGCUGAAAAUUCACAACAUUUACAGCCUUCAUAUGAUUAUGUGAACUGCUUAGCAACAUCUAAGUAACCACCUAGCAACAUCCA